CGACGCGGAUGAACAACAGAGACCCUCCACAUCUAACCACCUGGCUCGGGCUCAGCUUCCUCUUCUCCCUUCAUUUCCCUCCGCUGCUCUGUGAGAAUCACCUAAAGUUUGCGGAGCAGACGCUGUGGGGAGCACACAUCAGUCUCCUGGUCAGAUCUGGAGAUUGCCUUCCUGGGAAACAGACACGGGGAGUGGUUCUGGGUGGAAGGAGGAGUCUGACCGGAGUCGCAGGCCCAGGGUUCUGUUGACGAAAGCUUCGGUUGCUGCUUCCCUCUGGUGGCAACUGGUUGCCUUGCAACUCGGACCACGUGAUUUCUAGGAAAUGCACCUCCCAGGAGAAGAACUGAAACUUAGGGUGGGGACUGUAGAAAGGGGAGGAGAGAGAUCAAAAACAACCUAGAACAAGCUAAGCCUGGGACAUCCUCUGCUGCGCUCAGGAUGGCCUCAGGCAAAGCACGCUGCACCCGAAAGCUCCGGAGCUGGAUAGUGAGUCAGGUGGAAAGUGGGCAGUUCCCAGGGGUGUGCUGGGAUGACACAGCCAAGACCAUGUUCCGGAUUCCCUGGAAGCAUGCGGGCAAGCAAGACUUCCGAGAGGACCAGGAUGCUGCCAUUUUCAAGGCUUGGGCACUGUUUAAGGAAAAGCACAAAGACGGGGACAUAGGACACCCCGCUGUCUGGAAGACUCGCCUACGCUGUGCCCUCAACAAGAGUUCCGAAUUUGAGGAGGUUCCUGAGAGAGGUCGUAUGGAUGUUGCUGAACCCUACAAAGUAUAUCGAAUACUGACAGCAGGAACCCUCCCUACCCAACCACGAAACCAGAAAUCACCAUUCAAGCGACGUAUCAGCUCUGUGUCACCUGAGAGGGAAGAGAAUAAGGAAAAUGGGAGGACCAAUGGAGUUGUAAACCACUCAGACGGUGGCAACAACAUCGAUGGCAGUGGUGGUAGUGGUGGUGACAACGACAGCCGUGGCAGCAGCAGCAGCAGCAGCAGCAGCAGCAGCAGCAGCUCUGAGCUAGAGGAAGGAGCUUGCGCAAUUGAAGCCACCAUUAAAGAGGACCCAGUGUUCGUAGAGCAUCAGCCUCCUCUGAACUCAGACUUCUCGCUGCUGCUCACCUUCAUCUAUGGUGGACGAGUGGUGGGUAAGACCCAGGUGCACAGCCUAGACUGUCGGCUUGUGGCUGAGCGCUCAGACUCCGAGAGCAGCAUGGAGCAGGUGGAGUUUCCCAAACCCGACCCACUGGAGCCUACCCAGCGCCUGCUGAAUCAGCUCGAGAGAGGCAUCCUGGUGGCCAGCAAUUCCAGAGGCCUCUUUGUUCAGCGCCUUUGCCCCAUCCCCAUCUCCUGGAACGCACCCCAGGCCCCACCCGGGCCUGGCCCUCAUCUGCUGCCCAGCAAUAAGUGUGUGGAGCUCUUCAAGACCACCUACUUCUGUAGAGAUUUGGUCCAGUACUUCCAGGGCCAGGGGCCCCCACCCAAGUUCCAAGCAACCCUGCAUUUUUGGGAGGGGAGUCCAGGCUCUAACCAUACCCAAGAGAAUCUUAUCACAGUGCAGAUGGAGCAAGCCUUUGCCCGACACUUACUGGAGAAGAUUCCAGAGGAGGAGAAAGCUGCCUUGUUCCUGGUACAGCACGCAGAUCACUCACCUGCUGCUCUCGGACUCUAAUUCUUGGGUCUCCAUUAGACUGUGCUGUGUCUAGACUUGUUCUCCACACUCUUGGCCUGCCUUUGUGAUGCUUCUUAUCACGGUGGAUUAUCCAGCAUGGCCAAAGAGAAAGUGCAAGGAUAAUUUUUAUCCUUAAAUUUUCAUUUUGAGAGCCAGACUUGUGGGUGAAUAUUUGUAAUCUCACCACUUGGGAGACAGGCCAAAUGAUUAAUUAUGAGUUCAAGGACAACCUGGGAGAGAGACUUUUAUUUCCUUUUUUUUAAAGCUAUAUCCUCUUUCAUCUCUAAGGAGCUGGAAAGUUCCAAAGAGUAUGAUCUCAGAGGGAAUUUUGCUCUCUUCCCAAUCCCUAACUCUAAGUCUAAGCACUUUAUGUAUUUUUUUUCCCCUCAGUCCUCACUAGACUGAAAUAAAAUUUAGCUGGGUGAGGUAGUAUACACUUAGCACAUGUGAGACAGAGGCAGGAAGAUUGUUAGUUCAAAUUCAAGGCCAGCCUUGGUGACACUGGCUCCAAAAACAAAAUAAAAGAGAGACCAGGAUGUGAUUUGUUAGGAGAGGGUAGCAGGGGCUAGGGGAAAUUGUAAAGAUGGAGUCUAGGGUACCCAGUAUCUGGGUUCUCUAUCUCAUGGUGUUUUGGAUUCCUCUGCUUUCCUCUGCCCAUAGGACUAGCCAGAAUGCCAUAGUCUCAAACACAUGGUGAUUCUUCUGUCCCAACCUCCUGAGUGCUGGGGUUCCGGGUGUACAAUACCAUGCCUGGCCGUACCACCAUGCCUCUCUUUACUCUUCCAAUCAACCCUCCCCGCCCCCCUCUUUUUCAGACUUGACCUGGUACUUCCAGGGUAAGGGGCCCCCAAACCAAUUUUCAGGUAACCAAGAUUGAAUUGAAGUCAAUCUCUAAGAGAGGCACUGUUGCCUAUAGGCACACAGCACUAUAUAGCCUGGUGGUAAAUGAGAUUAGCUUCCAUAGGCUCACAUGCUGACUACUUGGUCCUCAGUGGAACCAUUUGGGAAUGAUUAGGAGGUGUGGCGCUGUUGGAUGAAUUGUGUCAUUGGCCAUGGGCUUUGAGGUUUCUAAAGACCCUUACAAUUCCUAGCUAACACACUCUCUUUGUGUCUCAUGCUUGUAAACCCUCAACCCCAGUAUGGUGCCUGCCUGCCUGCCUGCCUGCUGCUAUGUUCUCUGCUGUGAUGGUCAUGGACCCUAAACCUUUAGAAAUGUGAGCCCCAAAUUAAAUCUUGUCUUUUCUAAGUUGCUUUGGUCAUGGUGUGUCUACUAUAGCAUUAAGAGAGCCGCCAACUUCAUGUGGGAGAAUCUUGGCUCCACAGCUUUUUGCUAGGGGCUUUAAGAAUGUGCCGACCAAGGAAUGAUCCUUGGACUAGAAGUCUAAACCAGGAGGAGACACUGAAACUGUGGUCCAAACCUCCAGGACAUAAGAGGGGAAGGAACUGGAGGGAAGAAUUGCUGUUCUUCUUGUGUCUGCUGCUGCAAACAUUGUGGGGACAUGCUCCUUCUUGGUAGCCACUCAUAUGAGUGAAGGGUACUCCUAAAUUGGAUUCCUCUCUACUGAGCCCCAACAGAAGGCAGUCUGGCCUAGGCCAGGCAUGGUGGUUCAUGCCUAUAAUCCUAAUACUUGGGAAGUGGAGGCGGGAGGAUCAGAGUCAAGAGUUUGAGGCCUGCCUGGGCUACAUGGGAUCUUGUCUCUGUUUGCUUGUUUGUUUGUUUAUUUGUUUGUUUAAGACAGGGUCUCACAGUAUAGCCUAGGUAGUCCUGAACCUCACUGUAGACCAGGCUGACCUGGAACUCAGAACCUGCUUGCCUCUGACACCAAGUCAGCUUGACCCUGUCUUGAAACAAAAGGAUAGCCAUGUUCUGGCACCCUAUUCACUGAAGCUUGAGUGCCUACUUGGUGUUUGUUUGUUUGGGGUUUUUGACAGGGUUUCUCUAUGUAACUUUGGCUGUCUUGGAACUCGGAUUUGUAGAUGAGGCUGGCCUCCAACUAACAGAGAUCUGCUUGUCUUUGCCUGCAGAGUGCUGAGAUUAGAGGUGUUCAUCACCAGCAGCCAAUGCUUUUUAUUGACUGACACUCUUGUUAUUCCAUUUAACUUUGUCACCAAAUGGGGAAGCUUUUCCUUCACAAAGCCUCUUUAAUACCUGUUAUCAUGACUUCCACCAGAUCAGUUCCAUGAUCGCCUGACUGCUGCCACCUUCAGCAUCCCUAGUCCUGCGCAGAACACCAGGUUUCCUCUCCUUGCAGGAGCAGAGCCUGCAGAGGCUCACCCACAGGAUCGUGUCUAAAUGCUUAAAUCCUUACAGGGCUUUGCCAGUCUUCCAGGCGGCUUUGUAUGUUUCUGCUGCCUUGGACUUCUCUUCUUCCUUCAGUCUGUUCUCUAUCCCUCUGGAAAACUGAGAGCAAGCAAACUACUAUAUUACCAAAGACUGCUUUUGUGCCCUCUGCUUUUUACAAUCCCUCUUGAACCCUCUUUGUAUCUGUUCUAAAGUACAUCUUGGUCUUCUGUUUUUCUCUUGUACCCUACAUCUAAGCCAAAAUGGGAAAUAUCAUUGUUCUUUCAAAUGAGACUUUGAGGGGCUGGGCAUGGUGGUGCACACCUUUAAUCCCAGCACUCAGGAGGCAGGGACAGGCAGAUCUCUGAGUUCUAGACCAGCUUAAGGUACAUUCAAAGUAAGACCCUGUCUCAAAAAAAAAAAAAAAAGAAAAAAAGAAAAGCCAUAGAUGGUAGCGAGUAAAGGCCUCUGCUGCUAAUCUUGGAGAUUUGAGAGUUUGAUCCCUGGAUCUAUAUGGCAAGAGAGAACCAACUCCCAUAAUUCAUCCUCAGACUUCUGCACAUGCCCCUUGGUCCAUCUACACCCCUGCAAUACACAGAAAAUAAAUAAAAACAUAAACGUGUG